CAGGUGUGCGGGGAGUGUAGCAUUCGCGAUUUUUCAUGGAUCCGCUUUCCCCAUCAACUAGGGCAUUUUGAGACUAGGAAACCACCGCUCCGGACCCAGUGUUGAUCUUUCGAUACUCUUGGGGUGCGGGCAACAGCUACUCAGGCGCGGCAUCGUGGCAUCGCCGAUGCUUCAUUUAGCCUGAUUGACUUGGCGAGCUGUCUCAUUCCGGGUUCCCGGAAUUCUCCUCAAUGCAGUUGCUUGUUACCAUGGUUCCUCCGGUUCCUCCGGAUCCUCAUGAUCCCCAUGUUCUAAGCGAACAUAUAUACCGGCCGUCUUUCCAGCCACCGCGCGUUCCGAGUUGAGAUGAACGAGGAGAAGCGAAUCGAGAUCGAGCUGUCAGAGACUCAGGAACCUCUCUCUGCUCAUCGCCAUGUGGAACGCCCGGUUCGGCCUCCAGGGGCUCCUUGUCGGCCUGGUGUUGAGCGCAACCUCUUUCCCGGUUGCCUCAUGCCAUGACGACCGCUGGAUAGACAUAUGGACGUCCAUGCCGCAAGAGGUGGAACCUUACAACCUGCCCAGCCCGCCCUAUAACGGCACAACCGGUGUCUUCCAAAACACCACAAUUCGACAGACCGUGUAUCUCACCCAGGACGCAUCUACCAUCCGCUUGCAGUUUAGCAAUGCGUUUGGUGGCUCGGACUUGCCCAUCACGGCCGUCACUGUCGCCUUACCAUCAAACGGGACCGCAGGAUCCAGUGCCAUUCGCCCGGAAACUCUCAAGGACGUCACCUUUUCCGGCCAACGCUCCUUCCAGGUUCCCAACGGCGCCCUCGUUGUCUCCGACCCGCUGCGGGUUUCCGUCAAAGCCCAAACCAGUCUCACCGUGACCGUCUAUCUCGCCUCGGGCCAAGCAGGCUACCGCAUCACCGGCCACCCGGGCAGCCGCACCUCGAGCUGGCUGGCGCCGGGCGACCGGGUCUCGGCUGCCGAUGUCGGCAGUGUCCCUGGUGCGCAGCGCAUCGACCGGUGGUUUCUCCUCUCGGCCGUCCAAGCCUGGCUCCCCCGCAGCCACACCGCGCUGGCCAUCAUAGGCGACAGCAUCACCGACGGCCGCGGCUCCACCACCAACGGCAACGACCGCUGGCCCGACCAGCUCCUAAAGCGUCUGCAGGCUGCGGGCCGCCGCCGCUCCUCCAUCGACCUGCGCGACAUCGCGAUCAUGAACCAAGCGGCCGGCGGUAACAGGGUGCUAGCCGACGGCCUGGGCCCCAACGCGCUGGGGCGCGUGGGGCGGGACGUGUUGGAGCACAGCGGGGUGCGGUACGCGCUGGUGCUGGAGGGGGUCAACGACCUGGGUACCACGGUUUCGGACGGGGCGGCGCAGGCGGCCGUGGGCGACCGGCUUCUCCAGGCGUACGACCAGAUCAUCACGCGGCUGCACGGGGCGGGCAUCGCCGUGUUUGGCGGCACCAUCACGCCCAUGAGCGGACCGGGCCAGGCGUAUGGUGAGGGCGGGCCCGCGCGCGAGGAGCAGCGGCAGCGCGUCAACGCGUGGAUCCGCACGAGCGGCCGGUUCGACGCCGUCGUUGACUUUGACGCGGCCCUCCGAGAUCCGAAAAAUCACACGCAGCUGGCGGCUGAGUACGACUCGGGCGACUACCUGCACCCCAAUCCCGCGGGUUACAAGGCCAUGGCCGAAGCGGUGGAUCUGGGUUUGUUUGCGAAGUUUGCUGACGGGGUGCAAGCCAUGGUCUGAAGAAGGGCAGGUGAAAUUCUUUUGUUUUGUUGUGGACUGAUCGGGGGCAAGGGAUGGACGGGGCUGGAUUUGGAAGGGGUUGUAAUGAAAAGGGGCGGCGGAAGAAGGGAGAAGGAAAAAGUAAGGACAUACCCUCAUAUGUUAGUAAUAAGCAAAGACUCCGGCGGAAGCCUGAUCAGGCGCCGCCGGACAUUAUUCAUGCAAAGACCUGCAAUCUUGAAG